GCUUCAUCUUCUCAGUCACUCGUUUUCCUCUCAACUCACUCUCUAUAAAUACGUAAACAAAAGAUUUCUCUUUAUAAUUUCGAUUUAAUUUAUUUUCUUUUGUAAAUUCUCUUCAUGGGGUUUCCAGUUGGUUAUACGGAGGUUUUCUUACCAAAACUCUUUGUUCACACACUUUCGUUUCUGGGUUUCAUCCGAAAUCUAAUUUUUGCCCUUUUUAACUACCUGGGACUCUCCGAUUUCCUUGAAACAGACACGGUCUGGCCGGAAAACCCGACCCGAACAACAACCGAGAAUCCGCCCGUAUCCGCUCUCCUUAUCCGGGAAAUCCUUCCCGUUAUUAAGUUCGAGGACCUUGUCGUCGUGGGGGACCCACCAGAGAGCUGUGCCGUUUGCUUGUACGAGUUCGAAGGAGGGGAAGAGAUCAGGUGGUUGAGGAACUGUAGGCACGUUUUUCAUAGGGCUUGUUUGGACCGUUGGAUGGAUCAUGAUCAGAAAACGUGCCCGCUUUGCAGAACACCAUUUGUGCCUGAUGAGUUGCAGGAUGAAUUCAAUCAACGGCUUUGGGCUGCUUCUGGGGUCGGGGAUUUUUACAGUGAGUACAGUUCGGUUCCGGGAUUGUAGAUUUUUUUAGGGGGGUGAAGGGGGUACUUGUUUUUCCCUAUCCAAUGGCUCUUUUUGUAAUGAGCUUAGUGAAAUUUGUACAUAUUACAUGACAAUUUGGCGCAUAACCAAUAAAAAAA